UUCACCUGUUGCCUUCCCACAGAGAACACGGCCUCAGCCCUCCACGCUCUGGAGAUGCAGGGCUCCCUUGCCUCCCCUCCGGCUGGCUGGCUCCUCCCUCUGCUCCUCCUGGUGUCCACAGGAGUCUCAGGAGAAAUGUCUCAGUUUUCUGUGAUGGGACCAACCGGGCCCAUUGUGGCCCUGCUGGGGACCGAUGCCACCCUGCCCUGCCAGCUGUCUCCUCAGCAGAGUGCCGCUCAGAUGCACGUGCGAUGGUACCGUGACCAGCUCACCCACACGGUGCUAACGUUCCACAGCGGACAGGAGCAAGGAGAGGUGCAGAUGCCGGAGUACCAGGGCAGGACCCAGGUGCUGGAAAACGCCAUCGACACGGGAAGUGUGGCUCUGCAGAUACAGCAGGUCCAGGCCUCUGACAACGGCUGGUAUCACUGCCGGCUUAUAUACGGUCUCGCCUCCCAAGAGGUCUCCAUGGAGCUGCGAGUCAUAGGGUUAGGCUCUGCUCCUCUUGUGCACAUGACAGGGCCGGAGAACAACGGGGUCCGAGUGCUGUGUUCCUCAGGUGGCUGGUUCCCAAAACCCAAGGUGCAGUGGAGAGACACCGUGGGGAACACGCUGCCGUCCUCCUCUGAGUCACUGACCCGAGACACAGACGGGCUCUUCUACACGGAGGUGUCUGUCUUGGUCACAGAUAGAGCUGCAGGCAGUGUGACCUGCUCCAUCCAAAACCCCCUCUAUGGCCAGGAGAAAAUGAAGACCAUCCUCCUCCCAGAGCCCUUCUUCCCCAGCACGUGUCCCUGGAAAGUAGCCCUGGCCUGUUCUCUCCCUGUGCUGUUGCUCCUGCUCGGCGGGACCAGCAUCGCUACCUGGAAAGAACAUCGAAUGAAAAGGAGAGAAAUGGAGAAAAAGUCAGAAGAAUCUCGUGAAAUACUUCAGAUAAAGGAGGAAAUGGAAACCGCGCUGAAGCGCAGAGAUGACCUGAAGGCCGAUCUGGAUCGGAGGAAGGCACUGUACAAAGAAGACUGGAAGAAAGCCUGGCUCUACCCUGACUGGAGGAAGGAACAGUUCCAGCCGGCUCCUGUAAAGAUAAACCUUGAAGUGCCUGACCAGGACAAAUCUGACCCAAAGACAGAAGAGAACAGAAGGGAGGAGCCAGCUGAACCAUCCAUCAGCAACCCACAAGUUGACGACAAUAUCAUCACACUUUACCAGGAAGGCUUCAUGCUGGGGAGAUACUACUGGGAGGUGGACGUCGGGGACACAGAGGAGUGGACACUCGGCGUUUAUGAACUGUAUGAACAGGAUGCGUCGCCCAGAGAGCUGAUGAGGAAAUUCAGGGUCUUAGAGAAGAAAGGGAAGGAGUUCAGGGCCCUCACCUUCUGUUCCCGGGGCGUCUCUCUGGAGGGACAGCCGUGGCUGUCUCUGGAGACGAGUCCAGAGAAGGUUGCAGUGUUCUUGGAUCAGGAGGACAACGACCUUUCUUUCUACAACAUGAGUGACGAGACCCACAUCUUUUCCUUCACCCAAGCCAAGUUCUUGGGAUCACUCUAUCCUUACUUCAAGCGUAGCUGUGUGGAGCUCUCCCCAUCAGCACAGCCCUGA